AUGGAGCGACCUCCGGAGGGAUGGCACAAGUUCGAUCUGCAGGUGCAGAGGAACGGCGAGGGCGACGAGCGCCUGCCGACCGCCUACACCUGCUUCACCCUGCUCCUGCUGCCACGCUAUUCCUCUGCUCAGGUCAUGCGCGCACGGCUUCUAGCUGCCAUCAACGAGACCGAGGGCUUUGGCCUCAGCUGA